GUUAUUGCUGCAAAUGAAUUAUCGCUGUAUACGGGUCAAAAAAGUUUACCACUGGUUACAGCAUUCUUUAAAAGUUUCAACGUACAAAAUGUUGACGACGAAAGAAAACGGAAAAAGGCCAAUCUUGGUACCGUUCUGGGUGUCUAUUUGCCAACGCUGCAGCAUAUUUUCGGUGCUGUAAUGUUUCUGCGAUUGGCCUGGGUUGUUGGAAUCAUGGGUGUUGGUCAGAGUUUCGCAAUGACAUUUUUGACGUGCAUCAGUUUGAGCGCCGUGGCAACUAAUGGAGUUAUCGAGAGUGGCGGCACCUAUUUCAUGAUUUCACGCAACUUGGGGCCCGAAUUUGGCACUGCCGUCGGCAUACUGUUUUAUUUGGCUAAUGCAUGCGCCUGUGCUAUGUAUAUCGUUGCCGCCGUCGAAGUGUUUCUUGUACGGUUUAAUACUUUGCCCGUAGAGCAGUAG